AUGGUUCAUCAAAAGAUCCUGACUUAUACAAUUUUGAUAGUCUGUUUCAAAAGCACCUAUGUGUACUCGGGCUUGAGUGAAAAGGAAUAUCUUGAAAUUUGGAAUUUGGAAGUUACAAGAAACGCAUUCGAUAAGUGCAUGGAGAAAUUUGAUGUUAGUUCUUCAGAAGGAGAAAAGAUGUACACUGAUCCUGAUUAUGAAUUCGAUCCAUUGUUCCUCGAUUGUUUUUUUACUGAAUGUGGCAUUAUGGAUAAAGGGAUAUUUAACGUUGAAAAGUCCAUGUCAUUAUCUAAGUUAUACGUACAGCGCGAAGACGAGUUAGCAAGGUUGUACAACAUUAGACAGGAGUGUUCAAAAGUAAACGAAGCUAAAGUCAGUGAUGGCGAGGCUGGCUACGGAGAAAGAGCAAGAUUGUUAUAUGAUUGUUUAAAGGAAAAAGAGGAUGAUUUUGUACUUGUUGAAGAACAAUACCGAAAAUCUUGA